GUUCUAACUUUUACAUUAUAUUUUAUAAGGUGUUGUUAGAUGGAUUGUUUUGUCCCUUAGGGAAUUAAGAAAUUAUUCGGAUAAAAACUAGAAAAUCUUUGACAAGAGGUGAAGAUCAAGAAAUUGAUUCCCAGAUUGGCAGAAACCAGCAAAGUCUGGAAAGAUGGCGACGAACGCCAUGUCAUUGUACAUGGUACUGAUGUUAUCAAUAUGGGACCAAAUAUAUGCACAGGGAGUUUGCUUGGACGAGCGGAUGGAUUUAGUAAUUAUAGUAGAUUCCUCAAGUACAUUAGGAGAGGAAAACUUUGAACUUGUGCUUGGUCUUGCUGAGACAAUAGUGGACGAUAUUGAUAUCGAAUCAGGAAAUGUUCACGUUGGCUUUAUGACCUUUGGUACUUCGUCAGAAAUACGAUUUGAGCUUAAUGAAUAUAAUACUAAGGUUGGCGUCAUUGAUGCUAUAUAUAGCGUUGAAUAUAGUGGUGGCGGCUCAAAUACUGCUGACGCUUUAUCAGCGGCAAGAAGUAAAGUAUUUAGCACAAGAGCAGACAGACCAGAUGCGCAAAACGUUAUUAUUUUGAUAACUGACGGGUAUUCAGAUAUCAAUGCUGAUCGUACUGUGCGAGAAGCAGAAAUUUCCCGCCAAAAUGGCAUAAAAAUAUAUGCUGUUGGAGUUGGAUUACAAGAUACAACUGAACUCGACCAGAUUGCGUCACAGCCUCUCGAUAUAUUCAGGCAUACGGCAGAUGAUUGGAAUGACCCAAUAGAAUUGAAGACCCGGAUGUUCCCAGCUGCUCGUUGUGACGGUGAACUGCCUCCUCCAGUUGAUGAAACAAAUGUUGAUCGCCCAUUAAUAUUAGAUAGCGACGAACAAGAUUUGGUUUUCCUUCUUCAUUUUUCCAAUGAUAUGUACCAAGCAGAAUUUCAGAAAGUAUUGAACUUUAUGACGUCACUCAUUGAAAGGGCAGAUAUCGAUUCCGGAUUAGUACGUGUUGGAGCCGCACUAUAUCGUGAAUCCGGCGUAGUAAUAUUUAACCUAAAAGCAUAUAGCACAAAAAAGGAGGUUGUCGAAGCCAUUGAAAAAAUUCCAUUUAAUUUUAAAUCUAGCCGAGCCAAUCUUGCGUCAGGAAUAAAUAUUGUCAGGGAUCAGAUGCUAGCAGAUUCAGCGGGCGAUAGACAAGACAUUCCAAAUGGAGUUGUUGUUAUUACUGAUUCGAAUUCCAAUAUAAACGUUGAUGGAAUAGAUGAAGCAAGUAACGAACUGAAAGACGCAGGCGCCACUGUUUUUACAAUUGGAAUCGGCCUCGACAAUCCGAACGAGGUUGUUUCUGUCGCAUCCAAUCAGGAAUUCAGUUACAUAUUAAAUGACGUAGCUCAACUUCCUGCUUUGACAACGAGGUUGCAAGACCGGAUUCCAUCUUUAAGUAAAUUGGAUUUAAGACCCGUUCUUGAGGAAACUAUAAUCCCGGAAAGUUUUGUUCCUUUAGGUUUUCCAACAGGAUCUAGAUUGCAAAGUAGCGAGAGUGCAGAUGUCGUCAUUUUGUUCCACGCUGGACACAAACUUAAAUCUAAGGAAUUCAAUAAAGGACUAAAGUUGUUUAUUUCGAGACUUUUCGAAAAAUCCCAAGUAGAUUCAGGUUCUGCAAGGGGAGCUGUUAUCAAUUAUGGAGCAGGUGCUAAAGAAGUUUUUGGAUUGAAUAAAUUCAACAAGAAAUCAUUAUUAAGAAAGGCUAUUCAAAAAAUGAAACCAAAGCCCUACAGGAACAGUAAGGCUGAUCUAACAGCUGCCCUUCAGCUACUCAGAACAAAGACUUUAUCGAAAGGUGGUGGCUCUCGAAUGUCAGAAGGAGUACCAACAGCUGUAGUCAUAGUAACGGAUAUGGCUAGCUCAUCUGAUUCGAAUGCCGCCUCACAGGAAAUAAAUAAUUUAAAAAAUAUGGGAGUGACAGUAUUCACUGUCGGUGUUUCAAAAUCCGACAAUAAUGAAUUAUUGUCAAUGGUUAGUCAACCACAAGAUACUUAUCAUCAAAGUGCUAAAUCAUACUUCGAUUUAGUCAAAGGAGAUUCUCAUGUUCAUAAGAUUUCAAAUCAGAUCUUGGCAUUACAGAAGGAAGGUGCCCGACCACCCGCCACACGUGCACCAGUGACAACACGUGCACCUGUUAUUAUCCCCUCCACAGCAGCUGCAUUGGACAUAGAUCACAAUAGACAUCUAAUCAUCGUCUUUCAAUCAUCAAGUUCUACCUCACCGAACGAUUUUAAAAUUCUUGUCAAGUUUUUACACUCGUUAACCACCGAUACUGGUUUUCCACGAGACACAGAGCUAUCUGUUAUUAGUUUCGGUAAAUUCUCAAAUAUUCUUAUCAAUUCUACUGCAAUAACCAAUGCUGGUAAUUCUAUUUUGAAUAUUGAUAAAAAGUCACGAAGCAAGAUGGCCGACUUGGGUGGUGCCUUUUCAACGAUUAUGAAAUAUGUUCUAAAGAAAGGAUCUAGUUUUCAAAAUACACAUAUCCUUGUUGUAAUGGAUAAAACUGUGGACAAAAAGGGAGUUGAUUAUACCAUAACAGCUAAAAAAUUAAGAGAAAAAGGUGUAGUCAUUCAUGGGUUAUCGGUUACUGACAAACCGCACCCAGAUUUGGAACAGGUGGUUACUUAUUCGGGUUCAACGGCUUUCCUACAGAUGGUGAACACGUAUGCUGACCUGGAAAAGGGACCUACAUUGCAAAGCGUAGUCUCAUCUCUACAAUACGUCCCUUCAACAACGAAGAUGCCACCAGUAACCAUAGCACAGACGACUCAAAGUAUUACUUUAAAAGCAACUCAACCUCCUAAAAAGUACAAUCCACCUCUUCGUGAUAGCGAAACAGCAGAUAUGAUCAUCGCAUUCCAUGCUUCUUCAUCAACGUCAAGGAACGAUUUCCAAAGAAUGCUCACCUUUGUAAAAGAUCUGGUUUCCAGAGCCGACUUUGAUGGUGGCAGAGCUCGAUUAGGUGUUAUGGCGUAUGGAGAACAUCCGUCAGUUCAAUUUAAUCUUAAUGAGCAUACGACUUGGAGGGAAGUUUCAAAUGCUAUCUCCAACAUCAAUGACAAUGUUAGGAGCAAUAUUGUUGACACAUCCGGGGCAGUUAUUGAAGCUCUUAUUAUGUUUGACGAUCAGUAUGCAAGAGCUGAUGUUCCCAAAGCUGUUUUCCUCAUCACAGACUCAGCAUCAACAGUCAACGCUGAUUUCCUGGCAGAUCAAACUGAGGUCAUGCGCAGUGAAGGUAUUGAAGUUUUCCCUAUUGGGAUUGGAGUUAGGGACAAAUCAGAAUUGGAAACCAUUGCAACCAACCCGAGAAAUGUUCAUACAGUUUCACGUUACUCCGAUUUAUCAACACUAACGAAUUUACUAAGAAGAGAUAUUCGAUCAUUGAGUGUAAAUGGUGAACGUCAGACUGUACCUACCAUUCCUAUUGGAUUUCCUGGAGUUUCACCAGUGACACCUGUCGGACCAGUAUUUCAGAGAUCAACCGCUCCUCCGAUAGCAAUUACGUUCCCAUCUGAUGUUUGA